CCAACUUUCAGCGAUUCGUCACUUCAAUCGUUGUCACACCAGUACUGACCCUAGGCGUGCCAACAACUUGCUAAACACUUCGGAAAGGAUGGAUGUUGAAGAGUUUCAGGAGAGUAACUCUAUCACGUUCGAAUGGACUGUGAAGGGGCUACGGCACUUAUUUGAGUCGAGCAAAGGUGAGGCUAAAUCCAAGGUGACCAAGUCAGUGAAGUUCGGGAGCGGUCAGUGGCAAAUCCUAUUCUAUGCGAACGCUGGGACGGGCAAUGCCAAUGAUGCUAGCAGCCAUAUCAGCUUGUUUCUUUCAUGCGAACCUACGCAAGAAGAAAAGGACAACUCUUUGAAUGGAAAGUGGGUUCGCGAAGGGUUGUUUCGAUUCACAUUUGAGCUUCGCAACCUAUCUAAACAAGAACUCUUCAACAUGAAGGAAGCACACAACCACUCAUUCUCAUACAAAACCGCAAACUGGGGAUGGGCACAAUUCGCACGUAGAGACGCUGUAUACUAUCAACGUCAUAGUGUCAAGACCGCCGACGCAUUCGUCAUUGUAUGCACUAUUACUUCGACUCCCACGACUCCCAAGCCACCGCCUCCAAUUCCAAGAACAGCUGUGCCGAAAGACCUGCUUGACUCAGUUGGAUCUCUUUUAGACGAUCCACUUUACUCAGAUGUUGAGUUCGUCUUACCUCGGCGAGGUACGGGUUUGAAGAAUGCCAAAAGAAUAUAUGCUGCCAAGAAGCUACUCGGCCGUGCUGAUUAUUUUGCGACAAUGUUCAACUCUGGUUUUGCUGAAGCAUCACACGAUGAUACUCCCCUCACUAUCGCAAACAUCGCUUCACCGUCAGAAACUAACGAUAGAGCUUCUGAAGUGACAGCAUUCAGUGGCAACUUUGAAGACUCUGAUGAGGAAGACGAGGACAUACUGGACAACGCAAGCGCCGACAUCUCGCAAUUGGAAUUUGAAGACAGAACUUUAUUGCCCGAAGAUACGAACAAUGAUGAGGAGGCUGCACCGAAACCCCCUGCAGAGCCGUUCACAUCCAAUAUAGACUUUACAGAUGAUACAGACAAGGCAGACGAAGGCGAAGAUCGUCGCAAUGUUCGGGCCAAGCUAUCACAUCCCUCAAGCCCUAGAAGCCACGACUCUCCACUGGCACUCGCCUCUGAAUAUCCCAACACAUUAGCAGGUCCAUCCAAAAUGCGUGUGGUUGUCAAAGACGUUGCUUAUUCGACUUAUUUUGCCGUUCUCCACUACUUGUACACGGAUACAAUACGAUUCGCGCCACUGUCUUCCUCUUUCAACACGACGCCGCAUGUCACAAUCUCAACUACAUCAACUCAGACUCCAAACGAGAGUCAAGCCAAUUUGGGAGCUACGUUGCGCACCGCCCAAUCCCAGGGAGAGCCGUCAACCAGUGUCGCCGCGCGAUCACGAAGAGAAUGGCUGCAACAAUGGGAGCGUGAUAAUGCUGGAAAGAUAGCACUACCGUGUUCGGCAAAGGCUGUCUACAGACUUGCGGACAAGCUUGACCUGCGCGAACUCAGGGAGCGCGCUUUCCAACACAUUACAAACUCCCUCACUGUCGAGAAUGUACCGUACGAGGUAUUCUCCACGUUCUCUGGCAUAUUUGAAACCGUCAGAAAGGUUCAAGUCAAGUUUUUCUUGGAUCACUGGUCAGAUAUUAGAUCAUCAGACGCGAUGCGAAAUGUGUGGCAGCAGAUUCGUAUUGGCAGGCAUCCUGGCUUUGAAGAAGUAUGGCCCGUGAUUGCGACUAAUCUGGAAUUCAAGCCCCAAGUCAAGGAGAAGACUGGAUUGGAUCGUGAGGAGUCUAAUAGCGUCUAAUUUCUCAGACUGUGUAUUUGACUUGAUAUGGGGCGACUGUGUUUUGUAAGAUAUAUUUUGAUGCGCUUGAGCCCAGAUAAUAUGCAUUGCGUCCCAUGCUUCAGUCCGGAGAUCGUUGAAGCCUCAAGAAAUUGGGCUCAAACGCGGCGAUCACAGGUGUGACAUCGAGGAUCGACCAGAUUCAGUACUAGAACAGUUCAACAGAAUCGAAGACAACGUUCGGACUCAAGAAAUCAUCCCCACUGCUCCCUGAAAUAACAUUGAUCUGAAUUGUGUUUGAACCAGCAACAAGGGUGCCACUUGGGAUGGCGAAGUCGUACACUUGAUUGAGACCACGCCAGGUACCACGAGUGACGCCACGGGAGUCGACAGCGGUCGGUGCUUUAUGAACCGCAGUAUGCCUUUCAGCGUUUCCAUCUCAAUGAGGAUGUUGGAUGCAAGAUACUGACCAGCAGGAGCGGAAGAUGUCCAAGAGUUGACCAUAAUUUGAGGACGUCCGCCUGCGAAUGCCUCCGUGGUCCUGAUACGCAGGGUUCUAGCACCAAUUUGAGACGAAGUGGCUGUCCACUUGAUUGUCGUUGGACUGUUAACGUCUUUGAAUUGUGCCAUUGGGAAAGAAGAUGUGGAGGAGCUCCCGAUUGUGAAUGUUACGGGGCCCCACGAACUCAUCCGCGAGUCCGAUCUAUCAUGCGCAGUUGAGGUAACUGAUCUUCGCACAGCAUGAAACCUCAGAUUACGCACGGGUGCAUCGUCUCGAUCUUAUCAGCAUUCAGGAAUCCUGAAGGGGUCCCGUCGACGGUACCGAUGCUCCAAAUUGUUGAGGGUGUGCUUAAACUUGAGGUGAGGGUCAGAGAAGAUAUCUUUCCUGCGGAAAUAGUAACACUACCGGUACCAGCUUCAAGUUCUCCUUGGUAGAGUGUUACUGUGUAUGUUCCUGGCUUCAUCUUUGGACUGGCGAACGAUCCACUGUCGCGGUGGCUCAUUAGGAGCAGUGGUCAUUAAUAAGGAAAAUAUCGUACCCUGACCCAGAUGCCCAGUACUGUGCAGCGCUAUUCUUAAACCCAAUGGUAACAG